AAUUUUCAGAUCCUCUCCAACCCAGAAUUCCUCGCCGAGGGAACUGCAAUUCAGGACCUCUUUAAUCCUGAUCGUGUCCUCAUUGGAGGAAGAGAGACCCCCGAGGGAUGCAAGGCGAUUCAAACCCUGAAAGAUGUUUAUGCUCAUUGGGUCCCUGUGGAUCGCAUUUUAUGCACCAAUCUCUGGUCUGCUGAGCUCUCAAAACUUGCUGCCAAUGCCUUCUUGGCACAGAGGAUCUCCUCUGUUAAUGCUAUGUCAGCCCUGUGUGAGGCAACGGGGGCAGAUGUAUCCCAAGUGUCGCAUGCCAUUGGUAAGGACUCGAGAAUUGGACCCAAGUUCCUGAACGCCAGUGUGGGCUUUGGUGGAUCAUGCUUCCAGAAGGAUAUCUUGAACUUGGUCUAUAUUUGUGAAUGCAAUGGCCUACCAGAGGUAGCAAAUUACUGGAAACAGGUUAUUAAGGUGAAUGACUACCAAAAGACUCGCUUUGUUAAUCGGAUUGUUUCCUCAAUGUUUAACACUGUUUCGACCAAAAAGAUUGCCAUCCUAGGGUUUGCCUUCAAGAAGGACACUGGUGACACUAGGGAGACUCCAGCAAUUGAUGUGUGUAAAGGGCUGUUACAAGAUAAGGCUCAGUUGAGCAUUUAUGAUCCACAGGUUCCCGAAGAUCAGAUUCGAAGGGAUCUUGCAAUGAAAAAGUUUGACUGGGACCAUCCGGUUCAUCUGCAGCCGCUGAGCCCUACUGCUAUCAAGCAAAUCAAUGUUGUCUGGGAUGCUUACACAGCAACCAAGGAUGCACAUGGGAUUUGCAUCCUGACUGAGUGGGAUGAAUUCAAGAAACUUGAUUUCCAGAAGAUUUACGACAAUAUGCAAAAACCUGCAUUUGUAUUUGAUGGUAGGAAUAUUGUGGAUGUUGAGAAGCUGAGGGAAAUUGGAUUCAUUGUGUACUCCAUCGGUAAGCCACUGGAUUCAUGGCUGAAGGACAUGCCAGCUGUGGCAUAGAGAGAACAAAGCAUAAUCCGGAGCAGCAGGUUGAGGUUGAAAUGAUUUUGAAGGAGGACUGACAUCCUAUAAAUUCUUUGUCUUCUUACAACACAUUAUAUUCCUUUUAGAAUUGGGAUUCCGUUAUUUUUUUCUUUUUUUUUUUUUUUUUCUCUUGGUCCUUUUUGUAUUUCCUGAUACUGUAGGGUCUGAAUCUCCUUUUCUUUAGAGAAGAUUCUGCAUUUGGUAAGUGGUAGGAUAACUGGAUUUGUUACUUGGUUUAAUAUAUAAUAAAACACUAGACAUCAUUAUCAUUUCAAUA